ACUUCAGUCUACUUAACUAAGGUAGCUAGCUAACUAGUUUAACAUAAUAAAGACAACUUGAGUGCUAAGAUAGGACAAGCCUGAUAAGGAGGGGUCAUUAUGCUGCUACGCUUGAUAACUAGUUAUAACUAGCUAGCGUGCUGUUUUUCAAGGGUGAUCACGCCAGCCAGAUGUCUACUGCAGAUGAUAACAUGACAUCUUACUACUACUAGUAGCUAGCUAGCUAGCUAGCUAGCUCGGCCGCUCAACAACAGUCAACACCACCACUCCAGCGCGUCAAGCUAACGUUAGCUAGCUAGCGUCCUAACGGUUUGUUAGACAAUACAUUUCUUAUCUUAUCUUGGCUGCUGUUAGCUAGUAUAUAUCUGUUUUGUGAGUUUCGGUAGCCAAAGCAAACACUCACACAGAGACAACGUCAAGACCGAUAGCUAGGGACGUUCUGUCCUGCCUGGCCUAUUGCUAGCUUGCUAGUUUUGUAAACUAACGUUAACAACGUUAGCUACGUAGUUAGCUAGCUUUAUGUUUUGCUGCACAAUAUCUUGCUAUGGAGAACAACGGAGACCUGGACCUAAAUUGCCAUGCAACUGGGGACGUGCGACUUGAUAAGGCUAUUUACCAAUGGAUAACGUGGGAUAAGAAUCCACGGACCAGAGCUCAGAUAGAGGCCCUGUUGCUGGAUGGGCAAGUGGAGGAGCUGAGGCGUAGGCUCUGCUCCAGGAUGGCGUUUGGGACGGCAGGGCUGAGGGCAGCCAUGGGCGCAGGCUUUGCCCUCAUUAAUGAUCUGACUAUCAUCCAGUCCACACAGGGAAUAUACAAAUAUCUGGCCAGGUUUUUCCCCGACUUCGGUAGCCGUGGCAUAGUGGUUGGAUACGACACUCGAGCGCAGGAGGCCAGUGGUUGCAACAGUGAACGACUUGCCCGGUUGACUGCAGCUGUGAUGCUUUGUAAAGAUAUUCCAGUGUUUCUCUUCUCCACAUAUGUCCCCACUCCCUUUGUGCCAUAUGCUGUAAAGAGGCUGGGUGCUGCAGCUGGUGUGAUGGUCACUGCCUCUCACAACCCUAAAGAAGACAAUGGAUACAAGGUUUACUGGGACAAUGGAGCCCAGAUCUCUUCUCCUAACGACAAGGAGAUCCUGAAGUGCAUUGAAGAGAGCUUAGAGCCAUGGAGCGAGUCCUGGAACGAGAGUUUGGCAGACAGCAGUCCACUGAGGAGCGAUCCGCUGAGGGAGAUAUCCAAAAAGUAUAUGGAGGACCUCAGCUCUGUUUGUUUCCACAGAGAACUGAACACCAAGUCCCCAUUGAAGUUUGUGCACUCGUCCUUUCACGGAGUAGGGCAUGACUACGUCCAGCAGGCUUUCCGGGCGUUUGGGUUCCCCCCUCCUAUCCCUGUGCCAGAACAGAAAGAUCCUGAUCCGAACUUCUCCACUGUCAGCUGUCCAAAUCCAGAGGAAGGAGAGUCUGUUUUGGAGCUCUCCCUUCGCCUUGCUGAGAGAGAGAAUGCCAAGAUUGUCAUGGCAACUGAUCCUGAUGCAGAUCGUUUAGCUGUUGCAGAGCAAUCUGACAGGUGCGGAUGGAAGGUUUUCACAGGUAAUGAGCUUGCAGCUCUGCUGGGCUGGUGGAUGCUGUUCAAUUGGAAGGAGACUCACUCAGACCCGGCUGAUAUGGAGAGGAUGUACAUGCUGGCCACCACAGUCUCCUCCAAGAUCCUCAAGGCCUUUGCACGGAUAGAGGGCUUCCAUUUUGAAGAAACAUUGCCUGGUUUCAAAUGGAUCGGAAAGAAAAUACACGAGUUGGCAAAAACAGGGAAUGAAGUGAUCUUCGCCUUUGAGGAGUCUAUAGGAUUCCUGUGUGGCAGCAUGGUCCCAGAUAAGGAUGGAGUGAGUGCAGCUGUGGUUGUGGCUGAGAUGGCCUCUUAUCUCUACAACAAGAACCUGACCCUCCAUCAGCAGCUAGAGAACAUCUAUGAAACUUACGGUUAUCACAUUUCCACAACGUCCUAUGUCAUCUGCCACGACCCCCCUACGGUCAAGAGAAUAUUCACACGUCUUCGGAACUUUGAGGGAGAGAACACUUACCCCAAAUCCUCGGGUGGACACAGCAUUGUUGACGUGAGAGAUGUGACUACAGGAUAUGAUAGUAGUCAACCUGACAAACUUUGCGUGCUUCCUGUGACAAAGAGCAGCCAAAUGAUCACCUUCACUCUGCAGAAUGGGAUCGUGGCCACACUAAGGACCAGUGGCACAGAGCCAAAGAUUAAGUUCUACACAGAAUUCUGUGCACCGCCCGGAAAAAGUGACAUCUCAAGUCUUGAGGAGGAGCUUAAGAAAGUACAAGAUACUCUUGUCGAGGAGUUUCUGGAGCCUGAUAAAAACAACUUGAUUCGCCGAUCAAUCUAGUUGGGCUUUUCAUCUUGGUCUAUAUACAGAUGCAUCGGUUCGUAUUGUUGUUUUAUCCUGCUUGUGUUCUAUUAAUGUUUUUCCUAACUGUGAAACCAAAAUGUAUUUCAGACUAUUGCUUGUCUGGGUUUUUUCAUUUGUGUGCAAGGUGGGUUACGUGGAUUACUAUGCAGGAGUAGAAUUUGUAAACCAGAAUCUGCAUAUCUGUUUUUGUCAUGAGGAUUUUCCAUUUAUCUAAAAUAAGGAGCCUAAGAUAAACAUCAGGAUGGUCUGUGCCGUUCCAUGAGAAGAAAUCGCAAUGAGGUGAGAUGACAUGCAGUCCCCAGCCAAGGUUUACUAAUGACAAUUCCUCUUCUCCAUUGUAGUGCACAUAACCAUACCGCUAGUACUUCUGUUCCUAGCAGGCUAUGCUAAUAGGCUACCUAAUAGAUGUGUAUGUGGUGUAUGAACAGUACCUCUCACUUAUCACAUGCUGCUUCUAAUCUAUGUACAGUUGAUAAACUGUACCCAAAGGCUAAGUAUUGUAAGGUAUGACAUUGCACAUGUACGUAACGUAGAUGGCACUCCUGCCUCCCCAUCUGUUACGUUGCAUCAGUGAGCGUUACAGCUUCAAUCAUUUCAUAGUCUUAACACCUGUACUCUGUAAGUACCCAUACCAAAAUGACAAUCCAGAAAGGAAGAAGUACACUACAUGGCCAAAAGUAUGUGGACACCCCUUCAAAUUAGUGGAUUCGGCUAUUUCAGCCACACCCGUU